UUGAUAGCAAUUCAAGCACACAAAGGAGAUAUUGAUGACUUGGAUGUUUCACCAAAUGGUAAAUUGUGCAUCAGUGUGGGGCACGAUUGUGGUGUGCAUAUUUGGAAUACUUUAACUGGCGAAAAACUUCGCACUUUGUCUAUUCCAGAAAAAAUUGAUGAUGGCUUUAGAGUCCGAUCAGUGCGGUUCACUAGUCUUGGUUCGAUAAAUACUAUAUUUCUCGCCACUUACAAUCAGAUUCGACUCUCAAAAAAAGCUGUAUCUUAUGCUGCAUUGUGGGCAUUCAACCAUGAACGGAGCAUUUGCCGACCAAUACUUACAAUAUCAACAUUAUCCGUUAGUGACUGUGGAAAAUUUUUUGCUAUUGGGACAAUGGAUGGAAGUGUGGGUAUAUAUGACACACAUGAUUUGAAACCAUUAUAUUUUUCGCAUAAAACACAUAACAUUUUUGUGACAGGUAUUGAUUUUCUCCCUCGAAAAACAUUUGAUUUUGGACCUUUGUUUGGUGAUAAUAGUAGACAGCGCUGUAUUUAUCCAGGCAUAGCUUCCGAAUAUCGAGCAGCCAUAAUUUCUCUCAGUGCCGAUCAAACAGUCCAAUUUCAUUCUGUUCCUUACUCGAAACCCAAUUCUUUAACCGAUUUUUUACUUAAGCUGUCAUUCAUAACACUUUUAUUGUAUUACAUUAUUUGGGAAAUAUGGAUUUUCUUUGUUGGUGACGGCUUAGUGGCGUAA